UUUCCAAACAAGAAACCUUUUUGUUUGGACACAACAUUUGUGCCAAUCCAAUGAUGGGGUUGGCCUUAAGUUGGGUGAGAAUUGUGAUUAUCACUUUAUUAAAUCCUCUAGGCGGAAUUUCCAAUCUCUAUAUGCUUUUGAAUUUAAAAUUAAAUGGAGUUGAUUGUGGCCAAGUUUCUCUUUUCUUUUGGUUUAGCUUAAUCAUUGUUCUCAUUACAUGAUGGUCACUACGUACUUGCUUGUUGAAAGUCUAAUGCAAAUAUAAUAAAAAAGAGAAAACUCCUAAAUAAAAAAUAAAAAAUAAAAAAGAAAGUCAAUGAAGUAAAGAAAUGUGGAGUAGGUGUGAAGUCAAUUGGUUCCAAGGUUUCUCCCAAUCUUACACUAUAUUUCUUUGUCAUGAAAAAUUUUAGGAUUGAUAAACUAUACCAUUGUAAACCCACAAAAAAUGACAAAACUCAAAAAGUCAAAUAAUCAUUUUGGCAAGGAGUAGGGGUAUUAUGAUAAUUUUAGUGCAUAAAAAUUGCCAAGACUUAUAUAGCAAAAUCUCAAUUUCUAGGAACUAUCUAUACGGGGAAAAUUGAAUCUAGAAAAAAUGUUUCUAUUUAGUAAGUAAAUGGUAAAAAAUUUAAUGUAAGAGAACAUGAAAAUAGAUUAGAAUUGAUCGGAGAUAUUGUCGUAUCUCCUAAGAAAGAAUAAGAAUUGUGACAGAGAAGAUUCGUGUAAAAUCUAAGGUCGAUAAAGCAAAUUUGCUUGCUCUAAAGGAAAGAGCUUUUAAUCGGUAGGCUAGAGUUGUUCAACCCUUGAUCAAGUUUAAUUAAUUAAUCACCUCUUCUAAAUAAUUUAUUUGAAGAAUUGAAAUACAUUUAUACCCUUGAUCCCAUUAGAGAACUCCAAGGAAAAUUUCAAGCACGUGCUAGAGAAUCUAGAAGGGUGGGAAUAGAAUUAAGAAAGAAUUAAAAAAAUAAAGCUGGGCAUACCUUAAGGGUUUGGUAAGUUGCACAUCAUGUGGAAAAAGCCUUCCUACACAAACUUAGUCUUCAUACCAUACCUACAAGCUUUUCUCCUUUCUUGUUCUUCCCCCCUUGGUUUGCUUACCAAUCACAAAAGAAGGCAAUUCACUCAACAAACAAGUCACAGCAAACUACCACAUGAAAUAUCAAAAAAAACAAAUCAGUAUCAGCCGGAUCAUGCACCCUAGGAUUCCAUCAACCACCUCAAAAUUCCAAGUCCCACGUCCAUAUAUAUAUUCUAAGUCUAGCUUCAAAACUCCCACGUCCAUCUCCAAACAAAUAAUCAAAAUUUAGCAGUGGAAUCGAUCGAGAGGUUUAAUGGAUUCCGAGGAUUGCAGUACCAAACAUCCGGUGUCUGUACUCCAAGGUGACAAGUUCUUCUUUAACAGAAUCAUCUCAAGAGAGUCAUCAUCAGUGGGCUGCUCGUCUCGCAUUUACUAUCGAAGCGCAGAAGGUGUUCCUUUUAAGUGGGAAAUGCAGCCUGGGAAAUCUAAAAAUCCACCGGGAAAGGAGGUUGUUCCGCCGAUUAGGGCACCGCCGGCGGUGUUGAGCUUGGGGCUGCCUAAGCCAUGCAUAGACCAACACAAGGUUAGUACUGGUUCAAGGGUGUCUAGGGUUUGGUUUUGGAAGAAGAGCAAGAGAAAUCAGCCAAGUAAGAAGGUUAAAGGUGGAUCCAAGAAGAAUAAUAAUGGAGAUGGUAGGGGUUUGGAAAGAGCUGAAAACUCAGAGUUGUGUAACUCUGAUAUUGAGUUCAUAGAUUCAUCACCUCGUUGCUCAUCCUCGUCCUCAUUCUCAUCAUCUUCCAUUAAUGGUCAUUCAUUGCCAUCCUCAAGAAUUCACAGCCCGGCUAGGGAUUUGAUAUAUGGGCAUUUUAGUUGCAUUCCUUGGAAUAUUGCUGGAAUUAUGAUUUGUGUUGCAAAAAGAGUUUGAAAUUCAUCUUUCAUGUUAAAAUCUAAACCAAAACCUCUAUAUAUAUAUAUAUAUAUAUAUAUAU